UUUCUAUAUAUCUCGCCUACAUCCUCUUGGUGAAUGCAAAGAAACAAACCCGAAGUUCUAACCACAUCCGGAGGUGCAUCGGCUCCUUUUAGCAAUCGUCGGUAAAAGUAGCACUACAGUAAGUGUGAGCAGUUGGAGAGCGCUGCCUGUCCACCUGUCCGAUACGAGACCAGAAAUCCUGCUGGAAAUUAUACAGCACAAAGUGAAACGGUGCCCUGAGAGCAGCGGCGGCCCCCAGAAUGGCUAUGAGCCCCCUGCGACACGCUCUGCAGAGAGAGAUCUUCACACCUCGGGAGCAGAGGCUGCUGGCUGUGUCCUUUGUGUGGAAGGCCGGCAGGAAAAGGAAAAGUGCCAUUUUGUGUGCUGCAGUGAGCUCAGAGCAGAAGGCGUCUGGGGAGGUGGUUCUGAUGACAGUGAAGGCCGUAAAGAGCCACUACAAGCUGAAUGACAGCUGGCCAGCUAGUGAGCUCACGCUCGUCGAUGGGAUAGACGCCGUCAAGGAAACUGCAGAGUUUCACCUGCACCUGGACAAGGUGUACAAGUGGGUGUCCAGCAGCUCUGCAGAAAAGAAAGCGUUCGUUACCUGCCUUUGGAAGAUAAACCAGCGAUACCUCCAAGACAAAGUGCAGUUCCUCAACAUCAGCCCUGCCAUCUUGGAAGAGGUAUUGCCAUGGCAGCAUGGGAGGGUACCAGCAACGCCAGAGUCAAAAGCGGUGGAAGAGGAGGCGGAAGAGGAGGACUUCCAGGAGCUGACGCUGCGGGAGGCGGUCGACGUGCAGAGGCUCAUGGAGGAGAGCGACGGAGCCAUGCAGGAUGCCCAGGCCUUCACCCAGACCCUGCACGCCAACCUGGCCAGCUUGGAUCAGGAAAACUUCCAUUCCCUGAUGGAGACCGAGCGUCAGGGAGAGCAGCUGCUUAGUCUGCUGGACGAAGCUCUGCUGGAGGUGACACACAUCGAGGAUGUGUUGUCCCAUUAUGAUGAGCUGCUGCAUGGCGUCCAAAAGCAGAUGGACAUCCUCCAUGCCAGCAGUGCUUGGCUACAGCACAUCGACCGUAACCACAGCCAGCUUUGUUCAGAGCUCUGCCAACUAGUGGACCGGCUGUCAGUGCGCGAGGAGCACUUGCAGGUCUUGACCAAAGGGGACCUGGAGAACGAGGAGCAGAUGAAGGGCUGUGUCGCGGCAGUCCGGGCGCUGUCCCAGGGCCUCAACGCGCCACUCAGCACAGGACAGCGCAGACUGCAGGGGGCCGCGGAGCAGCUCAUCCGGUUCGAGAGCGUCCGUCAGACCUUUGAGCUCCGUCUCUGCCGACACAUCACGAGCGCCGUGAUCCUGCAGGGCCUGAGAGAGGGAGAGGAUGGGGCCGGCACCGAGCCCUGGAAGCCCCACGCCUUCCACGUGUCACUGCUGCGCUAUAAGCCCCUUAUGGAGUGGCUGAAGGAGAGUAACCCAAUCAUCUUGCAGCAGCUAAGCAAGGUUUAUGCUGAAAACAUUUGCAAGCUUUACGAGAGACAAAUGAAAGACCUUUUCGAUGCAGCCAGACUCCAGUUGUGUGGACUGAAAGAUUCCAAAAAAAUCGGUGUGAUCUCAGCGCUCCCAGACUCGGUGACCAGUGCCGCCGGCUGUAUGGCCAGCGCGUCCAGGAGCGCACCAGUGUCGUCAUACUCGGAGGGGCAAGCCAGCAUGGUGAUCCAGCAGGUCUUUAGGCAGCUGGGAGCAGUGUGCAUCAAGGAGCAAGAGUUCCUCACAUCCUUCUUUGGCCUGAACAGCAGCUCCAGUACCGUGGCGUUCCAUGCUGGUAGGAGGAGCAGUGUUGUUGACCAGACCCAGAACCCAGUUACCCGGGAGCAGAAGAAGAGGCCCCACAGCUGGAUCCGAAUGUCGGCCAGCCUCGAGGCCCCGGAGCCCUGCGUGGAAGGCUGGGACUGCGUCCAGGCCGUGCUGGGGUCAGCAGAGCCCCGCCUCUGUGCCCUGCUCAGCUCAUGUGAAAAGGCUGAGCCCCUGAGCUGCCUGGUGGUGCUGAGGUGCGUGGGGCGCGGCCUGUCCCAGUACCAGCUGCAGCCGACGGCCUCCUUCUACUGCUCUCUGUUGCGGUGUGCCCAGCAGCACAGCCAGCACAGCCUGCGCACCUGUGCGGAGUCUCUGUGCAGGGAGGUGGAGAGCCCACAGGCUUUGAAACGGACCCGUGGGGGCAUUCUGCCCUUCGUUACCCGCCUGGAGGACUUUAUGUACCACGGCAAGGCCAUAUUAAUGGGGGAAGAGGAGCGAUGGGGGCUGGACAGCUUAUACGCCAAGCUGCUCAAGGCGGCCGUCCACACCUUGGAAAAGCUUUCUGGGUCAAAUGCACGCUCAGGCCCCCUGGUGGUGAGGCUGAUGAAUUACCACCAGCUGGUAAACUUUCUGGAGCAGCUGCGGCUGUCAGGACUCGAGGAGGUGCAUGAGGAGGCCAAAGAGAGGAUGGCGCUGCACCUCCGGCACUACAUGGCCAUGCAGAUGGGCCAGCCACUUGGCUUGCUGAGCGACUUCCUGGACGGGGUACAGGGCCACCUGGCGCAUGGCGUGCAGGAGGAGGAGGUGGGCUUCCAGCUGGCCUACAGCAAGCAGGAGCUGCGCCGUGUCGCAGAGCGCUACACUGGUCGGGAGGUGCGGCGCAUCCUGGAGGCCUCACAUAGACGGCUGAGUCGCGAGCUGGCGGACAGCCCCCGCCUGCUGCAGGUAACUCACUGGCGGACAGCCCCCGCCUGCUGCAGGUAACUCACUGGCGGACAGCCCCCGCCUGCUGCAGGUAACUCACUGGCGGACAGCCCCCGCCUGCUGCAGGUAACUCACUGGCGGACAGCCCCCGCCUGCUGCAGGUAACUCACUGGCACUGACCGUGCCAGGAAUGGGGGGGUGUUUUAGCUGCUGUGCCAUUCAAAUGAUACGUGGUAUCACUGGUAUGUAAUGUAAUAUACCACUCAGCCCAGUCCUUGGGGCCCCCAGACAGUCCACAUUUUUGCUCCCACAGAUCUCAGCACACCUGAAACAAUCAAUCAAGAAUACUGAAUACCUGGUAGAGGUGUACUGGGAUGGAGCAAAAAUGUGGACUGGCUGGCAGUCCCCGAGGACUGGGUUGAAAAACACUGCUAUACACCAGUAAGCCAUGGAUAGACAGAAAGACAGGCAAACUAUAUAAUUCCCCAAGAGGAAAUUACUUCUAGACAUUUCUUCUAUAACUUGCAUUUUUCAGUUGAGAGUGUGAGUCUUUAUUUCAUGUGUAACCAACACAUAAUUAGUCACCUAAGAGAAGCAGCUUCCUUCUCUCAGUACCACUGCUGAAACACUGACAAUGCAGCUUCUCAUCUUAAAAUAUGAAAGUGCGAAAUAAACGCAAAUGAGGCACAUCUUACAUUCUCUCUGUGCUUUAAGUGGUUUCAGUAAAACUGAAGCCUUUUGCAAAGUUUUCAUUUAGCAAAAAAGCGUUUCAGCUUUCACAGUCACCCCACCUGUUCUAAUAAAAUAACUCAUUAUUGGGUGGCCCAUUCUGAUAGAUUCUGGUGGGGUGCAAAUUUGUUAAAUUUUAAGGAGUCGGCGUGGUGCAGGAACAUGAGUGAUUCUGUAUGGGCUGCUGUUUGCUUGGCUAACCUCAGGAGGUGUGGAGCGCCAUGAAGACAGCUUUCCUGGAGAAGUACCGGGAGGCAGAGAGCCUCAUUAACAAGUGCUACCCCGGAGCAGGCAUCUCCUUGGACUUUACUGAGCAGGACUUGCUGGAGUACUUCAGCACAAUCAGCA